UCGUAGUAGAAUUUUCAGCUUAUUUCAAGUUUUUCCUUUGUGCCGCGUGGUUGUAUCGUUCAGUGCCACAAUGUUCCGCUUGCUCUUGAUUGCCGUCUGCCUGGCUGCCAGUGCUCAUGCCUACUCCGAAGGUGCUCCAAAAGUUGCCUGUGGUGACCUUACACCCCAACAUGGUGCACAACUGCAGACUAAGAAGCCACCAUAUAGCAUCUCUGGUUCAUCUCAUGUCCGCAACAGUCAAAAGCUGACCCUUACUUUGGGUGGCGAUGAGUUCAUGGGCUUUAUUAUUCAGGCACGCGACGGACAGAAUCGUGUGGUGGGACAAUUCAAGGUUGUGGACACAGAGCACUCUCAGACUUUGGACUGCUCGGGACCUCAGGACACUUUGACCCAUUUGAAUGCUAAGAAGGGCAGUCCACUGAGCGGUCUGACCUUUGAGUGGAUUCCACCAGCGGGUUACACAGGCAACGUCAAAUUCAUGGCAUCUGUGGUUCAAUCUUCAUUCGUUUAUUGGGUGGGACGUGUCACCAAGGACGUUACUGUGGAAGCAUAAUUUGGUUGCAAUAAUUUUUCAAAAUUACUUAUUACAUUUCUUUGAUUUCCCAUUUGUUUUUGUUUACUGGACUAUUUGAAGGCUAAUGGAAUCCUUGUGAUAAAUAUUCAUGAUUUUUGUGCAUGUUUCAACACAUUCGUGUAGGAAAACAGUAUUUUCGCAAUAAAGUCAUUUACAAAACAU